AUGACCGAUGGAGCCACGAAUGGCCUAAGGAUUCUCAUGGAGUUGUCCUUUAAUCAGUUCCUCGAGCCGAACCUAUGGAUGAAGGCUAUGACCGAUAUGGUGGCAAUGACGAGCCUCGGCCGUGGUGGUUUCAUACUUGCAGGUUCAUACCUAUCGGCUUCCAGUUCUUCGGGCUUGAUCACCGUUAUGGCUGACAUAAUAUUCGUCAUAUUCGUGUCCGUUUUCACGAUUAUGUUCCACAUAAACUUUGCAAUCCUUUCUACCGCUGCCAAAUUGCAUAAGGCCAACAUGAGCCAGGCAGUCGGAAAUCCCAAUGAACCGGUAGAAUUGACAAUCAUACCAAAUGGAUUAGGAUAUACUAGUACGUAUAACCGAUUGUAUUAUGAUAUCAGAGCAGAUUUAGCUCCUACUAUAAAUGUCCCACAGCUCUGGAAUGUACUUUACUUUUUAGCUUCCAUAAUUUUCUGCUACAGUUUUAUAAUUAUAAACGUUAGAAUUGUGGAAAUUACGAUCGAAGACUCGCACAUGAACUUCCGGCGAUACCGAAAAUACAUAUUAUUCGCAUUCUUGUCAGUAACAUUGAUUGGAAGUGUAAUUUUCGUCAGUAAUGGAUUAUAUAUGUACACCGUGGUAAAGUACAAGCAAUCUUUGGACUAUUUUGAGGUCUUCAUCACGUUUACAUUUACGAUGCUCGUCUCCUGGAUAUACGGAGUCCAGAAGCUCUGCGAUGACAUCCAUUUCAUCAUCGGAGUGCAGCCUGCGCGCUACUGGAAGAUUUGCUGGUAUUUCGCACCGUUGGUCUUAGGAAUCGUAUGUUUGCUGCAAAUCAAAGAGAUGAGCGACGAGAUGAACAUCUACACAAUGAUCGCAGUUGCACUUCUGGGAUGUCCUCUAACCGUGAUGAGCAUCAUCGAAACUUUCCGUUACAUAAAGCGAAGAAAUUUACUCGGUCUCUUCCAACCGGAGGAACAUUGGGGACCACCCGAGCAGUCCAUCAGACACCUCAGGUUGAUCUUCAAUCCUCGCAAAGAGGUCAGAUCGAGACGAAGGAACGAGACUUGCCAACACAAAUGUUUAUUGGGUAGUAAAGCAUUGAAACGCGUCAUCUACGAAGAAGAGAAGUUCCAAACCACGUUCGAAGAUGCGCAACAGCAGAAGCAAAAUCAAACAGUCGAGGAGAAUCAGCAAAAUGCUCUGAAGGAUAAUCCAUAA